ACCGUUGGCCGCGCUCUCCGCCGACUGUUUCGUUUUCGUUGUUCCGGGUCAGUCGUGUUGCCUUGUCGAUGUCGACGACUGCAGAUCUCUUGUCAGCAUUUAAAAAGGAUUUGGAAAGUCUCAAGGAUAACGAUAAAUAUAGGAUAAAUGCACUCACUAUCUUUGCUCGGGACCACAAAGAUGCUGUAGGAGUUGCUGAUAACAUUGUUGAACUAACCCUGAAACAUGUACAAAUGGUGAGUUACUGGGUUUCCGAUUCGAUGUUUGUCCUGUGCAUAUUAGCACAGAUGAAAAUAAACCUAAUAAAAUUUUUUGUGAGUUUUGACCUUUUUGUAACAUAUGGGUGCUGGGUUUGGGCGAAGCGAUAAAUGAAUUGCUUAAGCGCUUAAUCUAGCGUUCGUAUGAGGUGUAUUUAUAGAUAGUCGUGUACCGAGCCUAGUGAGACAUUUUCGGGUUCCGUUCUAGAUAUGCAAAGAAAAUAGAUGAUCCUAGAAUUUAGUUCACCUUUCAUUACAGAUACCGGCAGGAUUGAAGUUGCUUGGCUUGUACGUAAUCGACUCUAUAGUUAAGAAUGUAGGCAUUCCCUACAGGAAACUGUACACUGCUAACAUUGUUGACGCGUUUGUACAUUCGUUUCAAUCGGUAAGUUUCACCUGUUGCUUGCGUUAAUGCAGUUUGUUUAGAUACGGGAUGAAAAGGGAAGGUUGAAGCUAUACAAUUUGCGGACAACGUGGAAGGACAUAUUUCCUAACUCUAGAAUGUACGAACUAGAUAUACGAGUUCGUGAACACGAUCCAGCAUGGCCUCUACUUGCCACUGCUCCUGAGGCCAAGACUGCGUUCAGAUCACUUCCCAGUGUUCCGAAGAUCCAAAACAAACCUGAAACCCCAGUCGUGAAAUCAGAAGAGAAGUCAGCUCAGCCUGCACCUAAUACAGUCAUUUCGGCGUCACGUGAUCCACGACUUAACAGGAAAAGAAAGUCGUCUCCUAAGGAAUCCACUGUUUGCACAGAAGAGUUCCUUAUUGAUCGUUCUGGUGAUCAAAAAAUGGAGUCUAUCGCUCGAAAACAAGGUAAACAGGCAGCAUCCAGUGAGUUACCAAAGAAGGUUAUGCUGUUUGGCGGUGAGGACCGUGAUAUGCGUUCUCAGAACAUGCUUACACCCUCUCCUGCAAAAUCAUCAGCUUGGUCGGAUUACAUUGGCAAGCACAGCGAGGUUUGUUCUCGGCGUGAUACAAAAGAUGUUGAUAUGAGAUUCGCACUUACAGAACCCACACCUAGUACCACUACAAAUAACGCAGAUGCUGGUAGACUAUCGAAGUUACCGAUAGACCCACCAGUUCCCAGACAGGCUGUUGAGCCUGCUCCGAUGAUCCCACCCGUCCCUAGAUUUGAUAAACCACCAAAUGACUGCCUACCACCGAAUGACCUCUCUGCAGGGAAGGUAAUCAGUAACGUUAGCACCGACGUCGCACCUCAUGGGGAACCCUUAGCUUCAGAAAAUAUUCCACCACGCAACCCUAAGAUGGUUAAUUUCCCUCCCAUGAAGGACCACCUACCACCACCUCGAGUGCCAAUAGAUCCGUACAUGUCAGAUAUUCCCAGAGACAGACCACCUAUAACCCCGUCGUCAUACCAACCUGUAAUACCACAUCACCGUGGUCCUCCGAUUCGAGGUCCUGUAUGGAGUGUUGAGAUCAAUGGUUUCCCGGACAUGGUGAAUAUUGGUGUUGAUCCCCGUAUGCUCAGUCUUGUUAGUCACCCCAAGCCGCCCAGACGAAUAACUAUUGAUGGACAGCAGUUCACACUCUUAUUGGACAGAGUACAACCGCUAAUAGCAAUUGGAGAACGCAUCCAUGCUGUAAGGUUUCGCUGUGAAUUUGCUACAGUUGUGAUUGAUGGUCGGUGUUUCAAUAUCCCUGGAACAGGCUUCACUAGAGUUGCCAUCGGACCUAGAUCGUACGUGGCAUACUUGGGCGGUCCGGGCCACGAACUUGUCAUCGAUGGACGUCCACAUACUGUCCCUACGACGUCCCAUUUGACUUUUAUAAAUGUUGGACUCCAUUCGGUUGGAGUGAAGUUCAUUGGGAAUGUACCAAAGAAUGUUAAUGUUUUACCACCCAUUCCUCCUCGCUUGCUCAAAUGGGCAGGUCAAGGCUUGUUUGGUUCACCUCGAAACUUAUUUAUGGCGCCACUUAAUCCUAUUAAAGAACUUACACGUUUGGCUGAGAACGGUGUCAGUCAAAGAAAUCGCGUCCAGUUUAACAACAGACCUAUGGGGAACGGUACACGACGAUCACCGAAUACAGCGGAAACAGCCAAUACAAACAACCAAUUGAGCAAUAAUAAUAGUAACCAAUUGAAUAGUGUGAACGCCCCACAACCUGCCGCAGUUAGUUCUGAUACGACCACAAAUCCUGUCCCAACCAGGGACGAAAGUUCGUCGAACCAAACUACCCAACCUACAAUUGAUGUUCAUGAGUUGUUCCAGAAAUUAGUGAAGGCUGGCAUAGUGCAGACCACAGAGCCCGUUAAGAAGGCAGAACCUCCUGAACUAGGAAGUUACAGUUGGGAGCGUUUCAAAAACCCCUACAACGUGGAGAUAGAUGCACUUUAUAAUGGUCAUCAAUGCGGUCAGUGUGGUCUACGUUUCCACAGUGAUUUGUCACCAGAAUUCGCCAAGCACCUUGACUAUCACUAUGUGAAGAAUUCAACUUAUGGACAAGAAAGACGGAGUCGUAAUUUCUAUCAGCCUUUGCAGUAUUGGUUAAUCACAGACAUGACACGAGAAGGUGCUCCUCAAUUUGAACCUGGAAGUCCAAUUCACAAUUUGCAAGAGUACAAGUGCGCUGCAUUCGCAGAUCCCUCCAGAAAUGUGUGUGCUGUAUGCUACGAGAACUUUGAAGUAGUUUGGGAUCACGAAGAGGAAGAAUGGAUGCUCCAAGAUGCUAUUCGAGUAGAUGAUAAGGUUUAUCAUCCUAUUUGUCAAGAAGAUGCAGGAAAAGAAUUCCUAGUUAAAGAUGAUAAGAAAUUCGAAUCACCUAAUCCCUCUGAUAAUAAUACUGCAGAUAAAAAUUCUCCUUCAGAAGAUAUUAAAGAAGAUCCAGGCGAUGAUGAAAAUGCAUUUACUUGUGAUGAUUUUACAACAAAUACAGUCGCUAUUCCUGGUCUUUCUCCAUGUACGUCUCCAACACAAUCACAGUCGGAUACAGAAAUUCAGAUGAAAUCGGAACCAGAAUGUGAAUUUGACACUUCCUCCCCAGUGAUGAUAAAAACGGAACCGAUUUCAUGUAAUCCCGCAAUUAGUGCAGAUCCACUAGCUGCAUUGAAAGCUGUUUUAAAAGGUGAUAUAUCUUCUCUUAGCUUACGACCACCUCAUUGACAAUUGAACUAUAGAUUAUUUUAAUCAUACGAUGUACAUAUAUAUAGAUACACACAUACAUACAUACCUAUUACAGAUUUAUGCUCAUGCAUGUGUACGAUAACCUAGCGUGUAAAUAAAUUCACUAUUGGCAAACAACAUUAUAUCCUCACAUAAUGUAAUUUUUGAUGAAAUAUUUAGUGAUUUAACAAAUGCACGGUUUCUAAAUU